ACUUGUAAAUUAGCACUCCAGACAACCAGUGUAGUGCCUGCCCAGCUGUUCCUUACCACCAGAUCAUCUUCUUCUCAUUCCAAUCCCCCCAAACACAACCCUAAUCUUACCGUUUCACAUCAACAGCCCUAAAUCCAUCAAAAAUCAUUCGAUUUCUGCAGCUAAUUUAGGGUUACACUCUCCUGUUUUCGGAUCGGAGAGAUGGAUAAAAGCAGGAGAGCAGUGGAAUCCUACUGGAGGUCAAAGAUGAUCGACGAUGCCACUUCUGACGAAGAUAAAGUCACCCCUGUUUACAAAUUGGAUGAAAUCUGUGAGCUUCUUCGUUCUUCUCACGUCUCCAUUGUUAAGGAAGUUUCUCAGUUUAUAUUCAAACGGUUGCAACAUAAGUCCCCCAUUGUUAAACAGAAGGCUUUGAGAGUGAUCAAGUACGCGGUAGGAAAGUCCGGUGCGGAUUUCAAGAGAGAAAUGCAAAGAAACUCGGCGGCCAUCCGUGAGCUAAUCCAUCACAGGGGUCAUCCCGACCCGUUAAAGGGUGACGCCCUUAAUAAAUCUGUUAGGGAAACCGCCCAAGAAGCUUUAUCCGCUUUAUUUUCCGGUGAAGACACCAGUAAACCACCACCUAACGAAGGUCUCGCCCAAAGAAUACAAGGAUUCGGAAACACCAACUUUGACCCUCCGUCAAACGAUAAGAAGUCAUUUCUUAACGAGGUGGUUGGCAUCGGAAGCGCGACGAUUAAACAGGGAUUGAAUAAUUUAACACAAACUCAAACCUCAAACAAGAAUAAUAACACAGGGACUUACAAGAGCGCGAAUCUGAGUAGAUCAUUUACUAAUGAAAAUAGUUACAGUGGUAGCCUGCCUUCUGCGCGGUUGUCAACAGAAGUGUCGGGACCGUGGGGUCAAGAGGUUAAAACAAGUCAGAUGGAUAAUUCAAGUGGCGGUUCGGGUUCGGGUUCGGGUUCGCAUUAUGCGGGUGUGAAGAGCCGCGAAGAGAGAUUGCUGGAGACGAUUGUAACAUCUGGUGGAAUUCGGUUGCAACCGACCCGAGAUGCUCUUCAAGUGUUUUUGACUGAGGCGUCCAAAUUGGAUGCAUUUGCUUUAAGUCAAGCACUUGAAGCAAAGCUUCAAUCGCAUAUGUGGCAGGUCUGUGUGAGAGGAUUAUGUGUGCUUGAGGCCAUCUUGAGGAAGAAAGACGAAGAACAUUUUCACGUCGUGGCUUCGUACUUCACCGAAAAUAUAGACGUUGUGGUAAAAUGCUCUCAAUCUCCCCAAGCUUCCGCGAGGGAAAAGGCAAAUAAGGUGUUAAGCCUUCUCACGGGAGAGCAAACCGGUAGCAGGAUGAGUCAGCAAGACAAAAACACGGAAACCGAGAUACCCAAAAUUCAGAUGCCUGAUUUAAUCGACACCAACGAUCCAAACGGGAAUGAAAAUGAGAACAAUGCGCCUGUAUCAUCAUCAACCACCUCGCUGAUGGAUGACUUUUUCGGUGAUUCUGGUACUGCCAUGCACAACAAUCAAUCUGUGAACAAUGACGACCCGUUUACAGACGUGUCAUUUCACGGCCAAAACAAUAUAGAACAACAUGAACCCGUCGAUAUCUUUUCAGGACUGGCUACUGUUGACAAAUCAAGCGAAACCCAACCGGAGUUAUUCGAUCUAUUUGGUUCUAAAGAUAACGUCAACGAUUUGAUGUCUGGUUUAUCUAUUAACGAGAACGAGUCGUCACCGUCACAGGACGGGCCUGCUCAAAAGGAAUCACUAGAAACCGCGUUUUCAGAUUCUAGUCAUUCUACGACUAAUUUAAACCCACAGAUGAACGAUGUUUUGAGUAACAUGCUUCAAUUUCAGGGACAUGGAAUGAAUCCAAAUCCUAUGAUGUUGAAUCCUAUGGAUCCUAGUACAUAUAAUACUAUGAUGUUGAAUCCGAUGUUAUUUGGUUCUCAACAGAUUAAUUAUGCUGCAAUGAGCAACCUUUUAGCGCAGCAGCAGUUUUUAUCGACAAUGAAUAAUUUGCAAUCGCAGAAUCUUGGUCCGGCAAGUAGUUCUUCGGCUUUUCCAGAUAUAUUUAAUCCGGUUAUUGCAACUCAACCGCCUACUUCAACAAUGAACAGUUCAAAGAAAGAUGAUACUAAAGCAUUUGAUUUCAUAUCUGAUCAUCUUGCUGCAGCUCGUGACCCGAAAAGGGUAAACUAAGAGAUUGAAUGGUUAAUGAUUUGAUACUUGAAUUUGGGAUUGGUUAAUGGGGGAUGGACAACAUUUGUUAAUUUAAGGUAUAGAUUUUUUUUACGAUGAUAUCAUGUCACGACUGUGUUGAAGCGCUUAGAUAUGUUGCGAUUUACAUGGUUUUUUUCAAGGGCGUGUUGUGAACCAAUUGUGAUCGUCAUUUGCGAGUUCAAAUUAUGUAUUCAUACUUGAUUUUUUUUUUUUUUUUAAAUUUAAUGGCAUUGUUUGGUCUA